UUCGUAGGUUCUAGCCAAUCAAGGCCGAGAAUUAUUAUUUCGAUUAUUUUCGAACGAAUGUGCGUGUUGAGUAAUGUCUGCUCCUUUGACCCGCGAGAACAAAUUCACGUAAAGUAGGGUAGAAAUUAACUGAUAAACUCGUUUUUAUAAUUAAAAGAAGUCACCUCAGACAUUCUAGUGUAUAAAUAAUCCAAGUUCUUCCAAAUUUACCGAGAAAUCGAACCGAAGUGCCUAAAUUCUUGUAGAGACCUUUUGUUAUUUUAAUUAUCAAGAGCCUUUCAUUUGUUUUUGUUAGUGUUUUGUGUCUUCAAACGCGUCUUGCGAUGGUCCGAGCUGUUUUCUAGCAUCGUCCGGUCGAGUACAGUAUUUUGCAUGAGGUCACGGCGGUGUGGUGUCCGCAUGGAAGCCCGGCGGACUGGUGAGCUCGCGCUGCACCCGCUGCGAGCGCAGUUCCGCCGCGCCCUGCCGGAAUGGACCGCGCGGGCCUCCCGUCGCCGCCGCACUGCGCGAACCAUCGGCCGCUCCAAGGAGGACCCCGCGAAACCCUCGAUACCGCAGCCCCGCCCGCGGAGGCCCUAAGCGACCCAGAGACUCCGCGGCCCGCGCCGCGCGCGCUUCCCUCCAUACCCGAGAGCGAGCCGUUGCUCCGCGCGCCGCUCAGUGCCAGUGCGAUCAGUGAGAAUGCCGCGCGCAAGGGGCGGCCGCUGCACGUGCAGUUCGACGCGCAGUCGCCGCCCGCUCCCGUGUCCGUUUCCAGCUCCAGCGCCAGCUCGUCCGACGACGAGGACGUGUCCAUCGCAGAGGCCCGCCCGCCCGACGGCGGCUUCGGCUGGGUCGUCGUGUUCGCCUCCUUCCUCGUCAACCUCAUCGCCGACGGGAUCACGUUCAGCUUCGGCGUGUUCUUCCCGCACUUCCUGGAGUACUUCGGCGAGGGCAAGGGCAAGACGGCCUGGAUCGCCGGCAUCUUUAUGGCCAUGCCGCUGCUGUCCGGGCCCAUCGCCAGCUUCCUCACGGACCGCUACGGCUGCCGCCGCAUGACCAUCUUCGGCUCCAUAUUGGCGACGCUCGGCUUCGUCAUUUCCGCCUUCGUGGACAGCAUGGAGACGCUGUUCCUGACCUUCGGCAUCAUGGCCGGCUUCGGCCUCAGUUUGUGUUACGUAGCAGCAGUAGUGAUAGUAGCGUAUUAUUUUGACAAGAAACGCUCUCUGGCAACUGGGAUAUCAGUUUGUGGGAGCGGCAUCGGGACUUUCAUAUUCGCGCCGCUGACGUACGUCUUGUUGGACGAGUACGGGUGGCGAGGAACUACUUUGAUAUUAGCCGGACUAUUCCUAAACAUAGCCGUGUGCGGUAUGUUGUUCAGAGACUUGCCCUGGACGACGACGAUGAACGCAGAGAAAGCUAGAGAAAGAAAGCGCAGAAGAGAGAGGAAAAGAAACAAGCGCUACGGUUCCUCCGCUGACAGUUUUUCAGACAGCAAGAGUAGCGCAGCAGGGUCUGCCAAAGUGGCGGAAGCAGGGGACGUGGAAGUGGUGACGUCUCCGAUUGUUCCCCAAUUCAGUUCUUUGGUAGAUCUUCCAACAUUCAUGACGGGAGGCGAAGGCGUGUCGCUCGAAGUGUUCGAGUUGAUGUCGAACAGAGGUCGGGCGUACGCCAUGUUGGCUCAGAACUACCCGGGCGUGAUGCUUCCCUCCCGAAGUUUCAGUGACAGUGGGCGUCUGCACGAGCAGUCGCCGCCUCGAGCGUUGAUGUCUCCGGGGGUGACUUCUCCGGGGGCUUUGUCUCCGACGGCCCCGAGGCCACCUGAGACCAAUAACACCUCGGCUCCUCCCCCUCUCAGCGACAAGGCUGCUAUGUCCUUGUGGCUGCGACGGCAGACGGCCACGGGUGCGUCCACGAAGAAGCCGCCGGCCUUCCUGAAGGACCUGAAGCUGCAUCGGCACUCGCUGACGUACAGAGGCGCCAUGCUCAACAUCAACCGCUACAGAUUAAGAGCCUCGUCCUGCCCAAACAUUUUCAGGAAUUCGAUGACUACUAUUGCUAAGGAAAAGGUUCAAUGGUACGCCGGCCUAUGGGACUUCUGGGACCUGGUGGUGGAUGUCCUGGACUUCUCUCACUUCCUCAACCCGGCUUUCCUGGUGUUCGCGAUAUCCAACUUCUUACUAUACAUGUGGUACGACGUACCGUAUGUGUAUAUAGCUGAUAACGCCUUGAAGAUGGGCUUCAACGAGUCGCAGUCGUCUAUGCUGAUAUCGAUCAUUGGGAUCCUGAACAUGUUCGGAGAGAUCCUGCUGGGCUGGGUGGGCGACUGGGAGUGCGUAGACGCGAGCCUGGUGUACGCAGGAUGCAUGGUGCUGUGUGGGCUGGUCACGCUGAUCAUGCCAUUGCUCUCCGGCUACGCGGCUUUGGGCGCGGCCGCUGGAGCCUUCGGCAUGUUCAUCGCGGCUAACUACUCGCUAACGAGUAUUAUACUGGUGGAGCAGAUCACGCUGGAGAAGUUUACCAAUGCAUAUGGGUUGCUGCUGCUGAUGCAAGGCGCUGCGAAUCUGAUGGGACCGCCCUUAGCUGGCUGGGUGUACGAUAUGACGGACUCCUACGACCUGUCCUUCUACUUAGCAGGCGUCUUCAUCGGGAUCUCCGGCCUUAUCCUGCUGGUGCUGCCUCUGCGGCGACUCGUCACUCGCCGUUCCCGCCGCGCGCACCUGGCUAACGUCGCUAAAGUGGCUAACGGCGGCCUGAAACAGAACGGGAACCUUCUUGUGUAAGGCAAUUUUGGUAAACAUCCCCACUAUUGAAGGCAAUGUUGCAAUCAAAGCGUGACCUGGCUAACGUGGCUAAAGUGGCUAACGGCGGCCUGAAACAGAACGGGAACCUUCUUGUUUGAGGCAACUUUGGUAAACUUCCCGAGACUUCCUUCCAUAUUGCCAAUUGAUUGAUUUGUAAAGCAAGAUUGUCAUCUUUAAGGCAUAUUGUUAUCCAUGUUAAGAUUGAAACCUUGUAACUAUUGGGUAGGGUUAUAAAUCAGAAUGGGUUCUCGUGUGACGGUGUGAGGCAAUUUUGGUAAACUUCCUAAUUAUUGAAGGUAAUAUUGAACGAAAGCGCGACCUGGCUAACGUGGCUAAAGUGGCUAACGGCGGCCUGAAACAGAAUGGCAACCUUCUUGUGUAAGGCAAUUAGUAAACAUGCCGACUAUUGAAGGCAAUGUUGCAACGAAAACGCGACCUGGCUAACGUGGCUAAAGUGGCUAACGGCGGCCUGAAACAGAAUGGCAACCUUCUUGUGUAAGGCAAUUAGUAAGCAUCCCAACUAUUGAAGGCAAUGUUGCAACGAAAACGCGACCUAGGCUGGAUAACGUGGCUAAAGUGGCUAACGGCAGACUGAAACAGAACGGGAACCUUCUUGUGUAAGGCAAUUAGUAAACAUCCCCACUAUUGAAGGCAAUGUUGCAACGAAAGCGUGACCUGGCUAACGUGGCUAAAGUGGCUAACGGCGGUCUGAAACAAAACGGGAACCUUCUUGUUUGAAGCAUCUGGUAAACUUCCCGAAAAUUCAUGAUCUGGGUGGAUUGAUUUGAUUUGUAAAGCAAGGUUAUCAUCUUUAAGGCAUAAAAUAUGUUAUCCAUGUCAAGAAGGAAACGUUGUAACUCUUGGAUAGGACUAUAAAAAAGAAUGGUUACCUUCUCGUGUGAGGCAAUUAGUAAACUUCCCAACUAUUGAAGGCAAUGUUGCAACGAAAGCGUGACCUGGCUAACGUGGCUAAAGUGGCUAACGGCGGCCUGAAACAGAACGGCAACCUUCUUGUUUGAAGCAGCUUUGAGAAACUUCCCAACUAUUGAAGGCAAUGUUGCAAUGAAAGCGACGGAAAUCUUCUUGUUUGAAGCAUCUUUGGUAAACUUCCCGAAACUUCCUGAUUGGAGUGGGCAAUAUUGCCAAUCGA